GGCAGCGUCACGUCCGGGCUCUGCCCCGCCCCGUCAUGGCGGCCGGGGUGGCUGGGAAGGGGUGUCGGGUGCUGCUGCUCCGUGCUCCAUUUGUAGGCUAUUAAACAUCAUGUCUUGGGCAGCGAAGUAGCACAACGAACAGCAGGAGGUGAAGCUGGGCGCACGAAGGAAUCGAUGCGAAGCGUCCCCUUCCUCGGGGCAGAUCCCUUAGGCGUCCUCAGCUCCUUUGCAGGCAUCACCCUGGGACCAGCUGCUGCCCAUGGCCAGGCGGCUCCUGCAGCCAGUGAUGCAUGGUCGGGCUGCGUGGCUGAGCUGCGGCUCCAGGCACUCUGCAGGGCACACGAGGCUCGUGCUGGGCAUCGAAACGAGCUGCGAUGACACGGGGGCGGCUGUGCUGGACGAGACGGGCAGGGUGCUGGGAGAAGCGCUGCACAGCCAGAAGGAGAUCCACAUGAAAGCAGGUGGAAUAAUUCCUCACGUAGCACAACAGCUUCACAGAGAAAACAUCCAGCAAGUAGCAGAGGAAGCGCUCAGCGCCAGUGGAGUUUCUGUAAGUGAACUUGCUGCUAUUGCAACUACAGUGAAGCCAGGACUUGCGCUGAGCCUGGGGGUGGGACUGCAGUACAGCUUACAGCUGGCAGACAGGUACCAGAAGCCUUUCAUACCCAUACAUCACAUGGAGGCUCACGCGCUUACCAUCAGACUGACAGAGCAAGUGGAAUUUCCCUUCUUAGUUCUUUUACUCUCCGGAGGUCACUGCAUCUUGGCAGUAGCACGAGGAGUUUCAGAUUUCCUUCUGCUCGGACAGACCAUCGAUAUAGCACCAGGUGACAUGCUGGAUAAGGUAGCAAGAAGACUCUCUUUAGUAAAGCACCCGGAGUGCCAUGGCAUGGCUGGGGGGAAGGCAAUAGAGCACCUGGCUCAAAACGGAGACAGGCAACAGUACACGUUCAGACUUCCCAUGCAGCAGUAUCGCAACUGUGAUUUUUCUUUUUCUGGACUUCAGAGCCUUGUCAACAGAGCCAUUUUUCAGAAAGAAAAAGAAGAAGGUAUUCAAGAAGGUGAAAUCCUGUCUUGUGUUAAGGACAUUGCUGCUGCUGUACAGCACGUAGUGGCUGCUCAUAUUAUCCAGAGGACGCACCGAGCCAUGCUUUUCUGCUUAAAAAACAGCAUAUUGUUACCCAAAUCUGCAACUCUGGUUGUAUCGGGAGGAGUUGCAAGUAAUCAGUAUAUCAGAAAAGGCCUGCAGGCUCUGGCACAUGCAAAUGGUUUUGCUUUUCUGUCGCCUCCUCCAAGACUGUGCACCGAUAAUGGUGUUAUGAUCGCAUGGAAUGGCAUUGAAAGGCUGCGUGCAGGAUGUGGUGUUCUAUACAGUACUGAUGGCAUCCGCUAUGAACCAAAACGUAGAAUACAUUAUCAGCUCAAAUCAGAACCUGAAUAACACCCCCCAAAAGACGGCUGUAAGAACAUGGAACUGCAUGAGUUUGGAACAGCUAAAAAAGUAGAUGACUCCCCACUCUAGAGCUGUUUUUAGGCACAGACUCAAGCAGAUCACUUCCACUGUCACAGUCUAACAGUGUGCAAGGAAGAAAUUCGUAAAAAUGCUGCCUGGUUUCCAGGUUGAUGGUACAAAAGUCUUGUGAAUCUGCACAUCUGAAUAAGAGGGGAGUUGCAUUGUACCAUAGCAAUCAUGUUACUUACCUUUUAACAUAUGGAUCAUGUUAUU